GCGAAUCCAAUAUGCGGCAAAGAUUAGGAUAGGGUUCUUCCGCACUCCCUCCCAGUCACUCAUCAAGCUUCCAUUCUCUCAGUCCAUUCCCUCCUCGCGAAGCCGAAAUCCAUUGGAAGAUCGAUCCGAGGCGAGGUUAAGACCAUAGACAUGGCGAGCACGGUCAUGGCCUCCUCCUCUUCCUCCGCCACGUGCCAAUUCCUCUGCAAUGGCAGAAGAACCGGACAUCCCUCUACCAUCCCACUCAUCCCCAAAGUCGUCGUCAUGGCCGCCAAAUCGGAUUCCCGGAGGACCGCUACCACCAAUAAAACCUCCUUCCACCGGCGCCUCCUCGACUCCCUGCCCCAAAAGGCCGGCGCAAUCGUCGCCGCCGCAGCGGUCGCAGCAUCGCCGCUGCCGGCGCUGGCGGAACAGAUGGAGAAGGCGUCGCUGUUCGACUUCAACCUGACCCUUCCGGCGAUCGCCGUGGAGUUUCUGCUGUUGAUGGUGGCGCUGGACAAGCUCUACUUCACGCCGCUGGGUAAGUUCAUGGACGAGCGGGACGCGGCGAUCCGCAGGAAGCUGGGGGACGUGAAGGACACGUCGGGGGAGGUGAAGCAGCUGGAGGAGCAGGCGGCGGCGGUGAUGCGGGCGGCGCGGGCGGAGAUCUCGGCGGCGCUGAACAAGAUGAAGAAGGAGACCUCGGCGGAGCUGGAGCAGAAGCUCGCCGAGGGGCGGAAGCGAGUGGAAGCCGAGCUCGCCGAGGCGCUCCAGAAUCUGGAGAAGCAGAAGGAGCAGACCAUCAAGGCGCUGGACUCCCAGAUCGCCGCCCUCAGCGACGAGAUCGUCAAGAAAGUCCUCCCCACCGCCUGACAAGUGUUUGUUUGAUUGUUUGUUACACCUUUCCCCUUCUACUUACUACCUCUCUCUCUCUCUCUCUCUUUUCUCGCCUUUUCCCGGUCUCAUCCCCUUGCUCCUCUCUUUUGUCGUUCGUAUAAUCUUUUGCUAUUUUGAAUAUGAAGUUAAUUGCAAGGGGAUUUAAUGAUGAAAUAGGGAGAUGUUAGUCGAUGAUGCUGGUACGAACAUCAAGUCCUCGUUCCAGAAGGUGUUCUCGAUUAAUAAUAAAGCUUGCUCCAAAUCUAACGUA